AGCCAUAGCAGCCGGGUAUUUAUUCCGGUGCUGGCCGCGCUCCGCCUGGCGCCGCGGACUUCGGCCCUUCUCCGAGCAGGAAGCAGGUAGGAGACGCGACCCAUCCUGGCAGCCAGCUGUAAAGCAAGGGAAGGACCCCAAAACCAUGGCAAAAUUUCUGUCCCAGGAUCAAAUUAAUGAGUUCAAGGAAUGUUUUUCGCUGUACGAUAAGAAACAGAAAGGCAAGAUAAAAGCCACCGACCUGAUCGUUGUGAUGCGGUGCCUGGGAGCCAGCCCAACGCCAGGAGAGGUCCAGAAGCACCUUCACCUGCACAAGAUCGACAGAAACGCCGAGCUGGAUUUUUCCACUUUUCUGAAUAUAAUGUACAGGCAAAUGAAGCAGGAGGAACCCGAGAAGGAAAUCCUCACGGCCUUGUCCAUGAUAGACAGGCAGAAGAAAGGGCUCAUCACCGUCGCAGAACUGAGAGCCAAGCUUACCAGACUGGGAGAAAAACUCUCCGAGGAGGAAGUGGAUGACCUGCUAAAAGAAGCUAAAGUUGGACCGAAUGGAACAAUAAAAUAUGAAGAAUUUGUCCGCACCAUUAGUCUUCCUGCAGCCGACUACUGAAAUUCAAAGAGAUUUGGUAACAGCAGGACCUGAAACUUUGAUUUCAAUUUUUCCUAGUCACUGUUCAGACUCAGGAAUCAUUAUUUGCCUUUAAUAAUCCAUGUUCUGCCUUGAGUUUAGCUCACACAAACAGGUUCCCACCUCAUUUCCAGAGAAAUGCUGUCACUUAGAAAACGUGAGCUCUCAGAGUCACUUAAAUAAAUGAAUGUAACACUC